AAGCUUCCGGCUCACCAUCUUUGUCCCUGGCAAAUUGGGUUUUGCGCAGUGGCUUAGAUCUAGAGAGAAUCGUGACGGGCAGGAAACCAUUACACCACCACCCCGGCUGUGCUCUCCGACUGCCGCCGCCGCCGCCGCCACCCCGCCCUUGCCUCCGGUGAGUUCAAGGCGGCUGGCUUUGGGGUGUGCCCUGACUGACUCGCGGUGCUUGUGAGGGAGGGGAGCCCCAAGCCGGGUCAUAGGCUCAGGAGGAAAGGAGAGCCGAGGAGCGUGACGGUUGAGGGUGGAAGGAGUCCUCGGGUGUGACCGUUGUGAGGGAAAAGCUGGGAGAAAGUGCCUCCAUCGUAGUGACCGUGGUGGCCUGGGGCUGCGCUCCGGUGUAGCAGCGGGAGUUGGGGGCUUCGGAGCGAAGCAAGGUUCCGAAGACCGGCUUGGGGAAGGCUCAGGCCAGGGGUGUGGCCGCUGGAGGCCGAGGGAGAACCACCCAGCUCUCCCGUUUGACAUCUGUUCAUUGAGAAAGAAGCUCCGACGUGUCUCCACGACUAGGGAGAAGGGAUUCCCGCGACCGUUUGGUCACUGAAACCUCUCUUGUCGCACGUAUUUGGGGUUAAGAGGCAUCUCUCCUUACCUAGUGAAAAUUGGACAGAUUUCUUGACCUGGGGAAGUGGAUAAAGAGAAUGGGGACUAACUGUACUUCGAGGAAGGAAGGAGAAACCUGCAUAAUUGAGGCCACCCCCACCCUCUGUGUAAGAGGGGAAAAUAAAUCUUAGCAUGGAAUUUUGUUUUUCUUUUUUUUUUCCCCCCUCCCUAUAUUCCCUGGGGUUAUCAGGAGCAGUCUAGUUUGGGCAAGGCUGUAAAUUCUACUAGAAGUGAAAAAAAAAAAACAAAACAAAACCCUGGAAUUUCCUGCUAUUUCUUUAUUCUUUGAAUUCACAGGAUGUAUUAGCUUUUUGAGCAGCCCUCUUUUUAGGAGAAGGCUCUUAUUAAACUCAAGCAAUUUAGUUAUGAAGCAGUGUGAAUGUGUCAUGGAUGCUUCGCUGAAUUUUUUUACUUUUAGAAGGGAGAUUUUUUUUUCUUUUAUUUUAGUGGCCAAACUUUUUUUUUUUUUUUGCAACCUUUGUGGUUUAAAAGACAAAGAACACACUGUAAGCUCAGUAAGGCUAGUGACUAAGAAGGAAGGUGGUCUCUUAGAGAGGAACAAUUUAAAUUAUUAACUGCUCUCCUGUGCAGUUCACUGCUUAGCCUUAGGGUGCACUUACAAGGUAAUAAUAGAAAGCGGCAGGUGAAGUAGGUGCAGCCAUCGGUAACACAUUCCAGUGAUGACUAAGUGAGGCGGGCGGGCAUGUAAACUGAGAACUGAGUAGGUGCCUUGCAGGGUAGACUCCCUGAGAAAGAGAGGGGAGUGUGCGCUGCAAACAGCUCAGUCAAGUUGUGUGGUAAAUUAAAACAGAGUAAAUAUCCUGAUGAAUUAAGAUCAGAGAGGUCCCUCGCAUCCUUUUCUUCUGGAAAAGAUUUUGCUUUCGUCUCAAGGCACACAUUUGAACCAUGUUAGACAAGGGGCAUUCAGAAGGAGGAUAGCAUCCCCAUUUUUCUUCUUUCCUCCUGGGCUUAAGUUUUCCAAAAUGUCCUGGCAUUUCAUAACAGUUGGGUGUAAGACUGUUGGGCUUCUUUCUUUCCGUAUAAUCCUAUAUUAAUAAAUUAACUUGUAGUUAUUUAAAUAGAAGCCAGAGGUGGAUUUAGCUUUUAACGUUUUAUUUCUGACAAGCUAAAUUAAUCUGAGGCUGCUGCUGUCCUUAUGUUAUGAACAUCUGGCCAGCAAUGGUCUUUAUACCACUCAUCCUUGUAAGCAGAGGUGACUGGAAUGACUUUCUGCUUUAGAAUUUACUGAACUCUGGCUAGUAUUGACUUCAUGUGCAAAGGAGGGCACAGUGGUCUUGCUAGUGCUAACGCUGGCUGCCAUUUUCCAGAGAACCAUUUGAAAUUAAGACCUUAUAAUUUUUUUUUUCUGACUGUAUUCUACCCAGCCUAUUAAUCUUGUUUCACUGCUGAGCUGCUCUUUUGGGGAAUUGGAGGAAGGGAAGGCUGGAAGGAGAGAAAGGACUUCGACAACCUAUAUUUAUCAGAAACUAGGUUAUGUUAAUCUAGAUAUAUAACCUUGUACAGGGAGGCCUGGGAAAGGCAGUGGAGCAAUGCUGUGGACUAGGACAAGUCCAAGGAUCCUUGCCUUGCCCUGUGGCUGCUCUGUCCUUUAACAAUGUCCCCAGGCCACACGAUAAGUCAGUCAGUGACCUUUCAGGUUUCAUGUCGUAUAAGAUUGUGUACGUUCAAAUUCCAUUGUGGCUUGUUUAUUUCUAGGGAUUUCCUGAAAAACAAAAAUUUGCCCCAGUAAGAUUGAGUUUUGAAGCACUAGGCAAGUUGAAAUUGUGUUUUUCCCGUUCUCUUGUGGCUUGUGUGUGUGUGUCUUAUGUGUGUGUGUCUUCUACUAUAGGCAUCAGUGUCUAUCCGGCAAGUGUGGGGGGCUUGGAUUAAAAAAUAGUUAUAUGUCAUUGUGAGUUGAAAGUCACGGGGACAUUAAAGUUCUGUCAUUACCACCUCUUCUCCUUUUAAUUAAAUACUUAAAAUUCAUGCAAGUAUAUAAUGUGUUUCGAUCCAGGCCAUCCCUGCCCCCAUCCUUCCUUUCUACUGUUGCUUUUGUUUAGACUAUUUUCAUUUUUCCUUGUCCCUCCCACCCCCUUAAAGCAAGGAUAGACUGGAUACCUUUUUUCUUUGCCUGUAUGAUGGUGAUUAUUUCAUCACAAUUAUUGGCUAUGGUGUCAGUUAAAUGAGUGAUAUAUUUACCUGCUUUUUUUUUUUCCUUCCUCUCCCCCUUUUGAUGAUGGAGAUGUCUUAUACCUGCUAGGUUCACGCUAAAGAUCCAGAAUCAUGACUGACUCCAAGUACUUCACAACCAAUAAGAAGGGAGAAAUUUUUGAAUUAAAAGCUGAACUCAACAAUGAAAAGAAAGAAAAGAGGAAGGAGGCUGUGAAGAAAGUGAUUGCUGCUAUGACCGUGGGGAAGGACGUGAGCUCUCUCUUCCCAGAUGUGGUGAACUGCAUGCAGACUGACAACCUGGAACUAAAGAAGCUCGUGUACCUCUAUCUGAUGAACUAUGCCAAGAGUCAGCCAGACAUGGCCAUCAUGGCUGUCAACAGCUUUGUGAAGGAUUGUGAAGAUCCCAAUCCUUUGAUUCGAGCCUUGGCAGUUAGAACCAUGGGAUGCAUCCGGGUGGACAAGAUUACAGAGUAUCUCUGUGAACCCCUCCGCAAGUGCUUGAAGGAUGAAGACCCCUAUGUUCGGAAAACGGCAGCAGUAUGCGUGGCAAAACUCCAUGAUAUCAAUGCCCAGAUGGUGGAAGAUCAGGGAUUUCUGGAUUCUCUGCGGGAUCUCAUAGCAGAUUCAAACCCAAUGGUGGUGGCUAAUGCUGUAGCAGCAUUGUCUGAGAUCAGUGAGUCUCACCCAAACAGCAACUUACUUGAUCUGAACCCUCAGAAUAUCAAUAAGCUGCUCACAGCCCUGAAUGAAUGCACUGAAUGGGGCCAGAUUUUCAUCCUGGACUGCCUGUCUAAUUACAACCCUAAAGAUGACCGGGAAGCUCAGAGCAUCUGUGAGCGAGUAACGCCUCGGCUCUCCCACGCCAACUCUGCAGUGGUGCUUUCAGCCGUAAAAGUCCUAAUGAAGUUUCUAGAAUUGUUGCCCAAGGACUCUGACUACUACAAUAUGCUGCUAAAGAAGUUAGCACCUCCACUUGUCACGUUGCUGUCUGGGGAGCCAGAAGUACAGUACGUCGCCCUGAGGAACAUCAACCUAAUUGUCCAGAAAAGGCCUGAAAUCUUGAAGCAGGAAAUCAAGGUCUUCUUUGUGAAGUACAAUGAUCCUAUCUAUGUUAAACUAGAGAAGUUAGACAUCAUGAUUCGUCUUGCAUCCCAAGCCAACAUUGCUCAGGUUCUGGCGGAGCUGAAGGAAUAUGCCACUGAAGUUGAUGUGGACUUUGUUCGCAAAGCUGUGAGGGCCAUUGGACGGUGUGCCAUCAAAGUGGAGCAAUCAGCAGAACGCUGUGUAAGCACACUGCUUGAUCUAAUCCAGACCAAAGUAAAUUAUGUGGUCCAAGAGGCAAUUGUUGUCAUCAGGGACAUCUUCCGAAAAUACCCCAACAAGUAUGAAAGUAUUAUUGCCACCCUCUGUGAAAACUUGGACUCCCUGGAUGAACCCGAUGCCCGAGCAGCUAUGAUUUGGAUUGUAGGAGAAUAUGCUGAAAGAAUCGAUAACGCAGAUGAAUUACUAGAGAGUUUCCUGGAAGGUUUUCAUGACGAAAGCACCCAGGUGCAGCUCACACUGCUCACCGCCAUAGUGAAGCUGUUUCUCAAGAAGCCAUCAGAAACACAGGAGCUGGUCCAACAGGUCUUGAGCUUAGCCACACAGGACUCCGAUAACCCUGACCUUCGAGAUCGGGGUUAUAUAUAUUGGCGCCUUCUUUCAACUGACCCUGUGACAGCCAAAGAAGUGGUGUUGUCUGAGAAGCCAUUGAUCUCUGAGGAGACAGACCUCAUUGAGCCUACCCUCCUGGAUGAGCUCAUCUGCCACAUUGGUUCUUUGGCCUCUGUGUACCACAAACCUCCAAAUGCUUUUGUGGAAGGGAGUCAUGGGAUUCAUCGCAAACACUUGCCAAUUCAUCAUGGGAGCACUGAUGCAGGUGAUAGCCCCGUUGGCACCACCACUACAACCAACCUGGAGCAGCCUCAGGUCAUUCCCUCUCAAGGUGACCUUCUGGGGGAUCUUUUGAAUCUUGACCUGGGUCCCCCAGUGAAUGUCCCGCAAGUGUCCUCCAUGCAGAUGGGAGCGGUGGAUCUUUUAGGAGGAGGACUGGAUAGCCUGCUUGGCAGUGACCUUGGCGGGGGCAUUGGAGGAAGUCCGGCAGUAGGACAGUCCUUCAUCCCGUCAUCAGUGCCUGCGACCUUCGCUCCUUCACCUACUCCUGCUGUGGUCAGCAGUGGUCUGAAUGACCUGUUUGAGCUUUCCACUGGGAUAGGCAUGGCACCUGGCGGAUAUGUGGCUCCUAAGGCGGUCUGGCUACCUGCAGUAAAGGCUAAAGGCUUGGAGAUUUCGGGGACGUUUACUCACCGCCAAGGGCAUAUCUAUAUGGAAAUGAACUUCACCAACAAAGCUCUGCAGCAUAUGACAGACUUUGCCAUCCAGUUUAACAAGAAUAGCUUCGGUGUCAUCCCAAGCACUCCCUUGGCCAUACAUACUCCACUGAUGCCAAACCAGAGCAUUGACGUCUCUCUGCCGCUCAACACCUUGGGCCCAGUCAUGAAGAUGGAGCCCCUGAAUAACCUGCAGGUGGCUGUUAAAAACAAUAUUGAUGUCUUCUACUUCAGCUGCCUCAUCCCACUCAAUGUGCUUUUUGUAGAAGAUGGCAAAAUGGAGCGCCAGGUCUUCCUUGCAACGUGGAAGGAUAUUCCCAAUGAAAAUGAACUCCAGUUUCAGAUUAAGGAAUGUCAUUUAAAUGCUGACACAGUUUCCAGCAAGUUGCAAAACAACAAUGUUUACACUAUUGCCAAGAGGAACGUGGAAGGGCAGGACAUGCUGUACCAGUCCCUGAAGCUCACUAAUGGCAUUUGGAUUUUGGCAGAGCUGCGGAUCCAGCCAGGAAACCCCAAUUAUACGCUGUCGCUGAAGUGUAGAGCCCCUGAAGUCUCUCAGUACAUCUAUCAGGUCUACGACAGCAUUUUGAAAAACUAAUAAAUGGGUCCAGUCAGCCUGUAAUCGGUGCAAGCCAAGAACUCUUAACUGGAAGACGUUGUACUGUUGUGUAGAGCCUGAACCCAAACCCUGCGGUACCCACCCCGGUAGUGGCCAGUCAUCUUGUGCUGACAUUAGCAUUCACCCUGUUGGAUAGGUUAGCUUCCCGAGACAUCUCCUUCCACCAUUCCCCACUUCUGCCACCUGCUGCUCUUCUCUGUCCUUAGUUGUGAGCUUCUCCAUGCUGUGCCAAUGGCUAGCCUUUUCUACACCCUCUUUUGAGUGUAGUUUGAUAUUUUGUAAUCAAAAGCUCAUUUCACAAGCAGAAAAAGGCGACAAGUUAAUUAAAGCAAGGAAAAGUGUCACUGAAACAUAAACUGCACCUUAUUGUUUUAUAUUUUUGUACAGAUGAGAAGUUGAGGUAGAACACUGAGUAGAAAGGGCGACUGACCCUCAUCAAACACAGUCUUAGCGGAGAUCCACUGAUGGCCCUGGCCCCUGCUGGGGCGGGGCAGGAGGCAGCCCUGCUCCUUGCCUUUUGCAUUGUCAUUCCUCCCCUCUGUCCAGGUCAUUCCUUGGCUAAGCCUUCGAGCUCCCUUAUACCCAUGCUAUCUGGUUUGACAAUUCCAUAUAUGGCAGUGGUGGUCUUCACUGAUGGUUGCGAGUGCAGGGACACUGGACAUAUGGGCUCAGUGCUGAGAGGUGGCAGAGCUGCGCUCCUGCCCACAGUGCUAGCCCAGGAAUCCUGGGGAGGCUGAGUAGACAUGAGUAAGAACAGGGCGCCGCCCCGCCCCUUCCUCCCCCACCCCCCUUCCCUGUGUUUUUCAGGGCUCAUUCAAAGUUAAAAUCAGAGUCUCAGAGUUAAAACAGACAUUAAUGACUUAUCCAACCCUGUUUUUCUAAAAAGAAAGGUAACAGGCAAAAAGUGUGUUGCCGAGGCCUCUUGGCUCUUGAGUAGCAGAGCUGAGACUGGUUCCCUGAUGCUCCGUCAGCUUCCCUAUGUGGCUGGCUCAUUAUUUUCCUCAAAGCCUUCUGUCUUUCCUGUGCCUGCCUGUGACUCUUUGCACACUCUGUACUGAGUUUGGUGCUCCACCCAUUCACUGGGGUCAGGUGGCAGUUGACAUCUUGGUUAUAAGUAUGCAUGCAGGUAACAAGAGUGAAAGCAGAGCUGACAUUUGCCAGGCUUUCCUGGAGCAGGCCAGUGAGUGUAGACGUGUGUAAAGAUGUCGCCAGUUCUCACUGUCUGUCAGCUCACUGAGCUGCCCUUCAUCCAUGGUCCUUGAGCUCCAGAGCGGAGGGAGAUUCUCUCAGCAGGCCCAUCUCACAAAGACUGGGGAUGUGAACACAUUGGUGUGAGUCAUCAGAAACCCCGUACUCAUGGCCCUGCUCAGGGCUGCUGUUGACUCUGCUUGAGAGGUGGCACUUGUCGAACAGCCUGGCACCUGGUAUCCAGGCUCCAACGACCUCAUGCAGGACUCAGACCUGACCCACUGAAUCCCGAGGAGAGGCUGAAAAAAUCAGAGUAGAAACCAGCAACAUUUACAAGUGUGUCUGGAGUAAUCCUGUUUCCUCCCAGCUGCAAAGCUUCUCUCAAGUUCCUUAAUCCUUGAGAAUCUUAAGAGGCUUGCUGGCUGGUGAAAAAGAAAUACAUCCCUCCCUCCAUCACCAUGUGGGGAUGCAGGAAAUCCUGCAGGGGUUGUGUGGGAGGCAGAUAGAUGGUGGUAUGUUGGGUGGAAAGACAAGUUGACCAAGUUCCCUUGUCGAUGCUGAUUCCUGGAGUCAGUUGGUUAUGAGUAGUAUAAGGGAUUCCCACUACAAAUGCAGUGUUCCCAUCUCAAAGCAAAACUGUAGUUCCCAAAAGAAGAUGUGUCAGGGCAAGCAGAAAGGGAAGUUUAGGCCAGAAUGUGGCCAUCCCAGAAACUGAGGCCUCUCUCAGCCUCACCAGUGACAGAGAACAGCUGUGGUUCUCUGCUGGCCUCAGCUGAUCCAUGCUGUCUGACUCCCGGGGAGAGUUAGGAAGAUGCAAGGACCUCUCCUCAAGAGACUGUUGCCUGCCUGAAGCUUCUGUUCAGGCUCAUGCCAAGCUUGACCGGAUUGGGAGAACUGGACUCAGUUUAACCUGUAUCCACUCUCCUUAGCCAAAGUGUGCGUCUGUCGAAAGCUGAAGUGCAGAGGGCAGGGAAGCAAACACACCAGAGCUCUUUCUGGUCAGAUUCCCCAGGUGUUUGUCCCCAGCCAAGCCUGGUCCGUAUUGUGAAGCUUGGGAUGCUGGAGCCAAUGCUGUCCCAAGAAGGCUUACUUUGCUGUUCUUGUUGGGAUCUGUUGUUGGGGAGGGUGGGGUUUGGGGAGCCUUUACCUUGUGUACUCAUCAAUAAACUCAUUUAC